UUACCCUAUUCACGCGAGACGAAUGCUCACAUCAGAUACAUGUAUGGAGUACGAACCCAGCGUUGCUAUUUCUUACCUGGCACUGGAUUUUUGGACAAAACAUAUCAAGGACGUUACUUGAGUAUAGUAACAACCUCCUCUUUACGAAGACGAAAAACACAUACAAGCUCGACUGCCAACCACCUUUCCGCUGAUUCAUUAAAAUGUCUACAAACACGUCUCCUUUGACAGUUGGCGUACUCGGUCCUUCAGGCAUGAGCGGAUCCCAUAUCACACUUGAACUCAUAUCUCGGGGCCACAAAGUCAUCGGUCUCUCUCGCAAUCCCUCCAAACUAGGCACGCAUUCACGUUACGAACCUCGAACCAUCGACCUCGAAAAUGGCACUGUGGACGAAAUCUCAAAGACGCUCACAGAUCUGGACGUCCUGGUAUGCGCCUACGGUCCUCAUACCAGCGGUCUCGCAGCCUUGAAGUAUGUCCCAUUCAUCGAAACGCUCCGCAAGAUCGUGCUGGCGUCUCGAGCUGCAAGGGUCUCCUAUUUCAUCAUGCUAGGUGGUUGCGGCAGCCUGUACAUGCCGGGCACGGACACACACACCUGCGCCGUCGACAGCCCGACCUUCUGGCUCGCCUACUGGCGCCACAUCGCCUCGUCACCGGCACACAUCUCCUACAUGGAAUCGCGCUUCGGCAGCGCCCUAGCCGCCGGUGUGCGUGCGUACGCCAGUGCCCGUCAGGCGUUGAAAGAAGAUCGCGACACGGAGGAGGCGCGCUUCGUCCGCGACACGCACGAGACCAACACUGCGCUGGGCGAAGGGGGCGCCAAACCGCUCAUCACGGCGUGCCGGACGAGUUUCAUGUUCUUCGACGGCAACACGAGUUUCGACUGGACCUUCAUGUCGCCGCCUGCCAUGUACCGCUCGGGUGCAAAGACGGGCAAGUAUCAGGUCCAGCUCGACUACCUGCCGAUCAAGGGCGAGCCGAAAGACGGUGGCGAGCUCAACGGUCGGUUCGAGGGCAUUUCGACGUUUGACCUCGCGGUGGCGAUCGCGGACGAGGCCGAGACGAGGAAAAUGAAGGGGAAGCAUUGGACGGCAUGGGCCGAAAUUGACAAUGAGAAACCCGCCACGGCGCCGUAUAUCGAUUUGAGUCACGAUUCCAUCUCUUGA